GUAUUUCACGCCAACAAGGAUAUUCUGCACGAACUUGAUGUUCAUGAACAUUUUAAUAUUCCUAAACUACACCAACUCUCGCACUAUGUCCAAUCAAUCUCGUUGUAUGGUACCACUGACGGUUUCAACACAGAACUUCCGGAACGCCUCUAUAUCGACUUCGCUAAGGAAGCCUAUCGGGCUAGCAACAAGCAGGAUUACGAGGAACAAAUGGCUCUGUGGCUUCAACGCCAGGAAGCCGUGUUCUUGCACAAUUCCUAUCUCGAAUGGCUGUCUGUGCAGUCUCAGUCAGCCACCAUAGCUGGUCAUGCUGACCAUGAUGACAACAUUGAUUCAGGCUCGGAUUCCGAGAUGGAAGACUUGCAAUUUGAGUCUCGCGCUGCCCCCACCAAAGCACCUCCUGUCAUUGGGCAAUGUGUACUCCAUGUUCUCGCCAAGGCUCCUGCGCACCCUCGGACAUCUGUUCAGCAGCUCAUCACUGCACAUGGUGCAGUCUCAUUUCUCCCAGCCCUCAAACUCUUCUUACACAAGCAUAUGCCACAAAAUCGCAUUGUCCCUGGUCCACAAGAUCAGUUUUGA